ACCGCACAAUACGUUAUUCCAUCUUAAACAAGAUUGGUGGUAGGUGAAACAAAGCUGAAAGGCACCUGUCUUUGUUUGUAAAGCCACAGUAAUUUGCUUUUGCUACCAUCCACAUAAUCUGAGAAUAGACUAUGUGUGAACAUUUGUUAGCACCAUUUCAAUUACAGACAUAGGCGAGAUAUCUAGUUAAAAAUCUACAUAUAUAUACUCUCUCAGACAUGGAACAUGAGCCAGCAUACAAUGAAAAACGAAGUAUUCUUACCCAAGGGGCCCUGCCAAUUAUUGCUGAAUCAGACGAAACUUCGAGAUUAGAUGGAGAGAAUCUAAGCGAUCUUGAAGAAACAUUCUCACUGUUUGAUGUUGACGGGAAUGGAAUGAUAUCACUUCAAGAGUUAACUUCGGUGUUACAAUCACUCGGAAAAGAGUUUGCAGAAGAAGACAUCAAAGAGAUGCUUGAAAUAGCUGACAAAGAUGGCGAUGGUCAAAUUGGCUUCGACGAUUUCCAUGACUUGAUGAAAGAAACAAUUCUUCGUGGAAUUCAGGAAGACGACCUGCAAGAGGCUUUUGAUGUAUUGGAUUCAGACAAGGAUGGAUUCAUAACGCCUUUAGAAAUGCAUCAGUCUUUGAUAAAUAUCGGUGAAUCUGUGACCAUAGAAGAAGCGUUAGAAAUCAUAACAGAAGUCGACUUGAAUGGUGACGGGCUCGUCGAUUUUGAAGAAAAAAAACCAAAAAUGAGCUACUGGGGCAGCAGUUACUCUUUGCUUGGGAAAGAAAAAAAGGAAGUGGAUGGCGAAGAAGAUGAGAACGAAAAGGAUUUGAGAGAAAGUAUGAGUAUCACCAAAGUGCAAAUGGAAGAAUUGAAAGAGUGCUUCAAAAUAUGCGACAAAAGCGGAAAAGGAUACGUAACCCCAGAGGAGUUCAAAGCUGUGAUGCAAUCUGUUGGAUAUACUGUUGAUAAUGAUGAUAUACGGGAAAUUUUCCAUGAGAUCGAUGACAACAGUAGUGGACACAUUGAUUUCAUAGAGUUUUUGCAAUUGAUGAACAAGAGUAUAAAAGAGCCGAUCACUGAAGAGAAUAUUCGUCAAUGUUUCGAAGUUUUUGAUAAAGAUGAAGUUGGGUAUAUCACGAUUAAGGGGCUGGAUGCAGUGUUUACAAGUUUAGGACAAAGUCGAACGGAUGAAGAACUUAAAGAUAUGUUAAAAUUUUUCGAUGCAAACAACGAAGAAGGACUUAUUGAAUAUGAAGUUUUCAGAAGCUACUUGGAUAAAGAAAAACUUCUGAGAAGACGGGAAAACGUUGGCAAUGAAACGGAUAACAGUUGGAAUAAUCAGCCAUAUGCUCCAGAAUCUGUGAAAAGCAAUCCAAGCAGUAAGGGCCGUUGAGCGACAUCCCAAAACAAAUAUGAUGACGUGGUGACAAUAUCGUGCAUUUAUUAGCAUUAGCCAUAAAAGUAUUUACUUUUCCGUUUGGCCCAGAAAAAUGUCUAUGUUUCGUGUAUUAGAUACAUAGCUGACAUACCAAAAACCUUUGAGCAAUCCAUAGAAAUAUAUCUGACCUCUACUUAUUCAACAGUUAUGUAACAGGUAUUUAUCUUAAGAUCUCAUGAUCUUGGCAAUCGACAAAGAUUGAACCCAUUUAUAUAGAGCCUAGCCUUGCACAUCUUUUACAUCACAAUUCCUGUCAGUGCAUUUCCAUCAAUACCAUAAGUUGUGAAGUAAAAACACCCCCAGUUUGACAAUCUAUGCCUUAGGUAUGGCAUAGUUUUUACUCCUUUUGUCAGAGAUGUCAUGGACACGCAUGAGGGCAUCAAAACUAGCAGACUUUACCCGCUGCACUCAUGCCUCGUUAAGCUUCUCCAAAAAUGAAUCCUGUCUUUAACCUGGAUAGAUCAUUCUAGAAAUAUCUAGUUUUGAUGUAAGCUACCACUUAAAAGUUCUAUCUUGUUUAUCAGUGAAAAUGGUAUUUUCAUGAAAGCUGAAAGCUUGACGUCUCUUUUCUGCGUUUUAUAUAACACGAGGCUUGUUAAAACGUACCAUCUGGGUCACCUAUUUGGUAACAGUAGAACACAUAGAGGGUUUCUCAGGGAGGGAUCUGUAUUGAAUUUAUACUGAAGGCGAGACUUUCCUUGGGUAAUGAUCAAUGGGAAGUUUUUAAGUAUGUUCAAUAGAGUUUGAAAAGUAUCCAACAAAGCAUUGCAUACAGUAGAAUAUCUCUUACAUGAAAAUAACAUAUACAAAAUUGCACAGUUUUACUACAAAAACUAAAUAAAAGACAAUCCUGUAUUUUAUUAAUUGUUUUACCAGUUUCAAUUGCAAAGAAAAUUAUCAUAGAACAAAAUAGAUAUUGGUAGAUGUGAAGGAAUUUUAUUGCAAUAGAUAGAAUGAUUAUGUGGAAAAUUCCUUCUGCAAGCUUUAUCUAUCAACAUCUAAUUCAAUCUACUUCUUGUCUAACAGUUUUAUCUCAAUGUUAUCACUGUACGAAUAAGCCCUGCAGCAUAAUCUAUUGCUUUUUGAGCUAUCGAACAAAAAAAGCUUUUAUAAGAGUUGAAAUUCUUCCUUUUUUAAAUCAAUCUGGUUAUCGGAUUUCUUAGCCAAUGUAGUUCAGCGUGUUGUCGUCGAAUGAAUUAUCAUGAAGACUUAGGCUUGAUGCGUCGCAAUUACUCCCAUCCCAUUUUCAAACAUGUAAAAGCUUCGAGUAUUUCUUGAGGUUUUAGGGUGAUGUACAGUACAGUCCUUUGUUUGAGUUUUUAAUUUUUUAGUCAUUCUAUGGCUCGGUUUUUCUUAUAGACGCUUUCUUAAAAAAAUUAUGUAAUUUGCAAAGAAAUCUCUCCUGUGCGAGGCUUGUUUACUGGCAUCCGAUUUAAAAAUUUAUGUUACGCUAAUUAUCAAAUUUGUGACAAGGAAUAC